CGUUAAAAAUAUCAACACGGUCCACUGGCGCCACCCAGUGGUGAAAGUCGUCCAUCACAGCUGCGCUGCACUUCCGUUCCUGAAGUCAACAAGGAAGUUGAACCGAUGGAUGAGAAACGACACCGAGCAGCUCCCGCCUCCUCCGUUUUCUCACCGUGAACCUGUCACACAUCACCGUCUCUCCGCCGGAGGUUGACCGUGCACCUAUCGGUAUGGCGAUGUCAACAUUUCAGAAGGUGACCCUCGCGACGUGUCUCGUGCUGUGCGUCGCUCUGCUGCUUCCCAAAAUGCUGCUGUCCCGGGGGAGGAAGGAUGCUGCCGAGCGGCCGGAGGGUUCAGGUCGCCUCCCUCCCAUGAUGCACCGUCAGAUGCCCCCGGAGGGUCGAGGCCAGAGGGCUACGGGGUCCGGCUUCUCCAGAGCCCACAACUCAGAGGCCGUAGCCAGGGCCAAGGGAGCUGGAACAGGGGCGGGAGCUGGGGGCAAAUCCAACCUGGCGGGACAGAUCAUCCCUGUGUACGGCUUCGGCAUCUUACUCUACAUCCUCUACAUACUGUUCAAGAUCACGUCUAAGGGGAACAGCAAGCCAUCAGAGGGCAGGUUUCCUUCAGUUCGCACUGAGAACAUGAAGAGAAAGAUUACUGACUUUGAGUUGGCUCAGCUGCAAGAGAAACUGAGGGAGACGGAGCUGGUGAUGGAGAACAUUGUUUCCAACGCUCACCACAGUCCUGACAGGGCGAAGAGGGUGACGGCAGAUCAAGAGGAGAGUCUCCUGCAGCAGCUGACGGAGAUAACUCGGGUGAUGCAGGAGGGCCAGCUGGUGGACCAAAUGGCUCCGGAGAAGAAGGUCCAGGAGGAUUGGGAAGUGUCCGCAGAUUAUCCAGAGAAGCCUCAGCAGUACUGGGAGCAUUCCCACUGCUGUUGUCAGCACCACAGUCCACAGACAGAGACGGAGACAGAGACGGAGGCUGAGAGGACACAAACUGAUGGAGCCAACCUGGAAAACAUUCCUGAGGACGUUACAGGUGGAGCAGAGGAUCUGAAUGAUGCUGUAAGAGAAUCGGGUUUUACAGCAGCAAGCGGAGAGGACGCGGAGCCAGAGAGUGAUUCAGGCCUAAAUGAGAAGGUCCAUGAACACAAGGAGGGAGGGCAGGGGGUCGAACUGGGUGUCCCAGAGGAGAACCUCGCCCGAGUCCUGAAGGAGCUGGAGCUCUCGCUGAAGAUGACAUCCAUGAUGGAGGAGGAGAAGAUGGAGGACCUCACCAGGUCGACGGAGACAGAAUCUCCCUGCGGCGCAGUCAGACGGAGGAACAAGAGGAGGAGAGCCAAGAAAGCCUCACACUGACUUCCAUCAUGACUGUGGUGGUGUGACGGCUUCUUUCUUAAAUGUGAUCUGACGAGUAGACGCAUGAAAAGUCGCUGAAUGCAUGAAAACGUGUUGCCAGCCUUGUUUAUCUUUACAUGAAGUGAGUAAGUGAGAAAACGUGUGUGCAUAACACAGUUUUAUACAGCUAACAUGGGCUUCAUCCAUCAGGGCAUCGUUACUGAAACGUGCUCUGCUUAUUGAGUAAACUCAUCACAUUAUUUUUAUUAAAACUAUGGACGUGCUUCCAAGACUCCAGGUCUUAUCCUCAAAACACAGACGUCACUAUCUGUGAACAAACCCAGUAUUAGUCAUUUUGUUAGGAGUGUUGAGUUAUUCAUCGUAUUUGAUCUGUCAAGGUCUUUUCCUGUAGUUUCUGAUUUCAUUUAUUCACAUCAAGUGCUUGAAUUAAAGGUGGUUUUAAAAUGUCCAUAUAAUAGUAAACUCAGCUGAAUCAGGCCACUUUAGACUUGUUUCCAGUGAGUUGUAGCUCAUAUCAGGACAAAUAAAGAAAACGUUGGCACGAACUGCCAAUGAAAUGCCAUUCAUUAAGUGGACAAUGCACUAAUGAAGUUUUAUUGUCAUUUUUUGGGCCGUUUGUGCCUUUUCUCACCUUUUGUCCUAAUACGUUUUUACACUUCAUUUAAACUUUCUGCUUCCUGUCUUUAUGUCCGAGACGAAUUCUUUAAACAAGGACCCUGAAUUCCAUUUAACACCCUGAGGUGUGAAGAGAUCCAAUAAAUGCGCUGUACUAAAUGAACGAGGACAAUCUGUUCUUCUCCUCAGUGUUUGUGAUGCACAAAUCUUGUCUUCUGUUCUGAUAACAUUUGAAGCUUUUAACUCACCUCCUGUUUUGUGCUUUAAGUUAUUUUAGAUUUUUACUUUUAUAAACUGAAUUUAUGUAUUCACUGUUCAGAGAAGCAGCAGUGUGUGCGUAUCCAUUUGAAUACUUUAAAUAACCUGAAUAAAAUUUUCUGGAUCCUCAA